AUGUCUACUUCAAUUACUCAAGAUUCAGAUGGAGUCACUAUCUAUGAAGAUGAACCAAGCAUGCUACUGUUGUUGCUAUUAACAAUUACUACCAACUUUCAGAAUGUUGCUUCUUCUAUGACAAUGAAGCAUACCACCUAG